UCUGAAAGUUCAGAUAAGCGGCAUGGUGGGGUGCUGAAGUUGCAUACAGGAGAUGCCAAGAUCUGGGGCGGCCACCGCUUGCCUGUUUCAGUGGCUGGACAUGCAAGCUCUCUCCACUGAACGUCGCUGAACAUCGUCAUGGCAUCUGCAGGGCCUAGCAAGGCAUCACUUUCUGCCGAAGCCACCUAGGAGACCGUUGACCAUCCAAAAAGGCGGUAAUAUGGAUGCCUGCCCGACGCGCAGGCGACAGCGAUAGUCCGGACACAUCACCAUGGCCGUGGAGAUCUGGCCACGCAUUGCGCCCGAGCAGCUUAAAGUGGCAAUCGAGUCCGCUGAGGUAUGCACGCACAUUUCAUUCUGUGGUUGUGCUGUUCCGUCGCCAACCCCCUCCGUCGAGAUGGAUGCGUCCUGGGUGCUAAUAGGGUCUUCGCCUGCGCCGCCGGAACAGAAACGCGAGCUCGACUGGCUCAUCGAAGAGCUCCACGAGACCCUCACCAAUGUCAGGCACGGGCUCGAAGACUGCUAUGCGCUGCUCGCGCCCGUAGACCCGGGGAGCACGCUGGUGCUCAGCACGCCGAGGAACGAGAUCGUCAAGGGGCACAUCACGCGCGUAGGGACACGGAUCGUCAAGGGGACAAUCCACCUGCGCCUGCGCACACUCCCCCACCAGACCCUGACGAUCAACCCCGACCAUCCAAUCCAUCUCGCUCCUCUCACCGCCCUCCAUGCCCUUCUAACCCACUCCAUCGACCUCCUCAACCUCACUUUCUCCUACGCCUACCCGGACUCCGAUGCGCCCGCGACCCCGAGCUCCCUGCUCGGCUCCCUUCCCCCGCCACAAUUCCUCUCCGCCCAGCUCCGCCUGCUCUCCCAAACCCUGGCCGAAGCCUCCAGCCUCCUCAAGGGCGCGCCGCUGCCCACUGCGGAUCCGACCUGGACAACCCGCUCUGCCGCGCCGUCCCACUUCCUCCCGCCGCUGGCCCACCCCACGCCCUCGUCCUCGAACCCAUCCCUGAGCUUCCACCUCAGCAUCCAAGACAGCUGCCUCGUCCUCUGGCUGCGGACGCUCGAGCCGGCCUCGGCGCCCGUCAACUUCGGCACCAAGCUCGCGCUGGCGAUCGGCACGGCGCGCCGGCUCGAGCACGACGAGACCGAGAAGGUCUUUGGCUACUGCUGCGACGGCGACGACGGCGGCGAUGACCACCAUACCACCACCUCCACCGCUUCCGGCAGUGUCACAGCGCAACCAGGGCCAGCCCACAGCCCAGGCCCGGCACCUUCCCUAUUCCCGCCCGCACAAGCACCGGCACUGGCACCGACAAUCCCCCUCUCCGGGACGCGCGACAGCAACAACAAGAACAACAAGAAUACCAGCAGCAGCAGGAAAAAUAUAAUUGAGGUCUUCGUGCGCGAAAAAGUCCGCGUCGAGACCGCCGACCCAAGCCUGCUCUCGCUCUCAGCCAAGCUAACCGCGCUGGGCCACACGCUGGCGGUGGCGCGGCGCAACCUGGCGGCCGUCAUGGGCGAGGAGUGGGGGGAGCCGGGCGAGGACGGGGAGCAGCCGAUGGAUUAGCGAUCGCGGGGG